GUACCCCUGACUACACCCCUCACCCUUAGUCAAUGCUAAUGGUAUUAUCCUUUGGCUCUCCGGUUCUUGCUCCAUCAGGAUGCGACCGGGGGGUUGUCCAAUAGUCAGUAAACCCAACUUUCACGCUAUUCCACCCUCCAGGACUUGAAUUCUCGCACCCCCCGGAGCGACUUUUAUCCCGGAGAAAGGCGAAGGCCACGCGGAGCAGUGCGACGCCAGAUCCAUAUCUCUCGCAGCCGUCGAAGCCCGUUGAGCUGAAUCCAUCCAUCAUUCGGCUUCGAGUACCCGUAGGAACCCACACGGACAUUCUAAAUCGGUCUCUUCCACAGCACUGCUGGUGUACCCAGCAUAACAGACAGUCAGUGUAGUGUAUUGAAAACUCUUUUGAGUGGCUUGUGCUAAAAAUUCCCGCAGCAGUGUGCCUCCAGCCAGCAGGGACUAGUUCCGUUCCUAGCGUGCAAAACUGUGAUGAAGUAAUCCCCCGGGAGUUGUAGAUUGCAAAAAGUUCGAUAAAAUCGAGUCGUUUGCAAAGAGUUAUAUUUGCUCUGGUAAGAAAAGUUGCUCACUUCAAGUGCAAAUCCCGGAUUCAUCAAUCUAUAAUCGUAUCCUGAAGUGGAGUACCCCCAACGAUUCCCCCACAGCAUCAGCACCCCCAGCGUGGUGCAAAACUCGAGGGGAAAACUUUCGGGAGGAAGCCUUGAAAAGUGUGUGCGAAUAAGUGAAUGCAGUUUUGAAACGGCUCUCAGCCUUUCCGUCCCAACUUUGCUCCGUUUGAGUUCUUGUGGAGCGCAAACAAAAUCUUUCCGGAGUUGUGGCGAAGAAAAUCGUCAAUAAAAUACAUAACCGUUGCCGUCAUAGUGCUGCUGUUCCUUUGACGGACGGAGUGGCGAAGAGAUCAACCGUCGUCGCGUCGACGUCCUUUCAGUGUGCAAGAAGAAAACCAACGUCCACCGAGUGUUGUUUGAAGUGCUUCUCCACGCCGUCGUCAUCCUGCAGUCCUUCGCUUGGAGUUUGGGCAAUAAAAUUACCUGACGGCGCCCGUGCAAAGCACCCCCCACCGAGAAUAACGUAAACGGAAGUGAAGCAAGUGUGAACAAUAGGUUUCGUGCUUCCUACCUCCGUCAAAGAGAAGAAAGAAAAGCGCAAAAAAAAAGUUCACAAAACAUACAAAAAGUAUAAAGUUCUUCCGUGGAAUCACAGCGACCUUCCCCAAAAUGCGUUAGUUAGUUGCCCAUUCACCUGUGUGUCAACACAGCCUGAAGCCAGCCAGCGGAGAAGGGACGAAUUCGUUAUGAGAACAGCGCACAAAAUCUUCUCCGAUAAAAUCCGAAAAGGAGAUUAAACGAUUCGUCGGCAUCCACCCACACCCACACGCACAAACUCACACGCAUACGUUAUUCCCAGGAAAAAGAUUGGAACUUUUGGGGUGACGAGACCACCGAGUCACCGUGUGUCACCGAGAAUCGAACAGACCAACCUCAACCCCAAACGAGGAAAACAACAUGUAGCUUAUUCAGUAACGACAACUACCCACCCAAAACCUACCCCAGCCAUCGCAAAUCACCAUCACCACCAUCACCAUGGAGGAAACGCGCCGCUCCCGCAAGGAUCUGAAAAAGAGCCACGCCGACUCGUGGCCCAGCCGGGCGUCGCUUCCGGCAAGCCCUAAAAUCAUCAAAACCACCGAGGACGACCCGGAGGCCAACAGCGACGUGUUCGACUACUGCCAGUCGUCGUCGCACACCUCGUCUAGCGUGCAGUACGAGUACGGGGCCAUCAGCCCGCGGUUUGAGCGAAAGCGUUUCGAAUACUGCUACCCGACUGUGUCCAAAGAGGACUUCUCCAACAGCAUAUCACUCGAUAAUCAAGACAUAGAUCGUAAGAAAAAACGAAUUUAUCCCAGCAAAACGCCCGACAAUUCACUGGAAAAUGAACCCAUCCUGGACGAAUCGAACGCCAGCAGCAGUUCAAGGGCAGCCAAGUCACCGGGCCAUUCGCCUCGACACUCUCGCCGACAGCUCAACAGCGAGAUCAACAUCACCUCGAACCCCGGCUAUCAGGUCCUGCGAAGCUCCCACUCGACGUUGGACCGCACGUGCUCGGACAGCGUGGUGUCGCUGAAUUGUCACAAAUCGACCAGCGACCUGACGCAGACGACGGCCGAAGCGACGGCGAUGACGACGAUGAGCGGUGCAAUGCCCGGUCGGAAAGGUCGCCGAAGGAGCAGCCACAAGGGCGGUGGGUUGGCCUAUCUGGCCAGCCGAAAGGGUUCACGUGAUUCGAUCAAAAGUGGGGCUUCCAAUACGUCGGUGUUUUCCAACGAAGACGUCGGACCGUUGGCGUUUCAGGCUUCUGCGCGGGGUCGCCAGCGGAGGACGUCGAACUUUUUGGAGCUGCCCAUACCGGACCAUGCGAGGCCACGAGUUUGUUCCCUGCCGGAGCGGCCGUACAAUCCCAGGCAAAGCGAUGACCUGUAUCGACUGAGGCACUUCUCCAUCAGCAAAGGGACGGUGGUCAACUGUGGGGAUUCCAUCAUAUCACGGAGGUCUAGGAGUAAUACAAGCGUGAAUUCUACGGCGAGUCGCGCCAGUGAACGUUCGCCCUUUGAGGGUUCGUGCUGCGGAGGAGGCUACGCCACGGUUGACUCGCUGCCUUCGUCCCCGAACGCCGAGGAAGACGACAGCGAACCCAUCCCGACGAGGUACCGGGUGGUGAUGCUCGGAGACUCCGGAGUCGGCAAGACGGCCCUCGUUUCGCAGUUUAUGACGUCGGAGUACAUGCACACGUACGAUGCCAGCUUGGCAGAUGACGAAUUUGGCGAAAAAACCGUUAGCAUUCUGCUGGACGGCGAAGAGUCCGAGAUGAUAUUUAUCGAUCACCCGAAUGUGGAGAUGAGUGUGGAGAACUCGUUAUCAACAUAUGAACCUCAUGCCUGCGUCGUCGUUUACUCGAUCGUGGACCGAAACACGUUCCGGGUCGCCGAGGAGAUCCUCAACUAUCUGUGGUCGGAGAAGUACACCAAGGAGAAGGCGGUCAUCAUUGCGGCCAACAAGUCCGAUCUGGCCCGGUCCCGGGUGAUCAACACCGCAGAGGGAAAACAGUUAGCCACCUCCCGAGAGGCGAAAUUUAUCGAGACGUCCAGUGGAAUCCAGCACAACGUGGACGAACUGCUCGUGGGUGUACUGAAACAGAUUCGCCUCAAGGAGCAACGUGAGAAACGAGCCAGCGCCACCAACCUGCGAAACUCCCGAACCCAGAUGUCGCUGCACAUUGCCAAGGAAAUCCUGCACAAGAUUUGUCUCACCGACAUAACCAAGUCCAAAAGCUGUGAAAAUUUGCACGUUCUCUAAGAGAACCGACGACUAUGACGACGACGACGAUGACGACGCAACGGCGGUGGCCGAAAUCCACGAAAUCAACCAAAGCAGGGUAAAAUGAAAGUGAAAUUCCGUUUGCUGUUACCUAACACCGAUAUAGUAAUAUGCCAACUUCCUCGCACAUUUCUUUCUCCGGUUUUCGAGUUCGAGAGACUGCGUGUAAAGCUCACAUUGCCAAAAGAAGCACAGCUGCUGGCGUAGUAGUAAAAAAACUAUAAACCCAUUUAUAUCUACAUACCCAACCAACCUCCCAAAAUUCAAAUUGCUUCCAUCAUGUGUGUGGGAUGGAAACAGCAUAAGAAAAAACAAGCAAACCUCCAGAUCCAGCCUGGGAUCCGCACUUUGAACGUAAACCUAGUUAGUCUAAUACCCCAAUUAUGUGCUGUCGUACGUCGUGCGACAUUGCGCGGCAACUUGAAAAUAGAGCAAUGAGAACGCUGAUGGAGUCAUAAACCUACAUUCCCUUUCCCACCCAUUAAGACGCGCAGACUGACACAGUAUUUAGUGUGGUGUUGUUCAUUUGGUGCUCUGGAAUGUAUGAAUAUGGUUAUUUUCACACAUCGUAUCUGCGAAAAUUUCCGUGUUAGCCCUAUGAUGCACUAAAAUUUAGCAUUUCGUCAUUUUAUAUGCAGAAUCAUAGAAUCAACUCCGUUUGAAAUAUGUAAAACAUGUUCACAAGCACUACGGUCCUUUCAUUGUGUUUUCAUUUAAAUAAAAUUAGAAUUUUUAUCUAAUUUCCGUCUAACUAAGCACGGACCAAUAAUGAUCGAUUUUAUUCUUGCACCUCGCCUUAUGUCUCAUGACCAAUGUGGAACCAAUUACUAAUUUAUUAAUUAGCUUCCAUCUCAAGUAAAACAAUAUUGUAAACCAGGCAGAGGAAAAGAGCUCAAUAAUUGCAUAUUUUGAUAUUGAGAUCAAAAUGUGAUAUUGGUUUGAUUGACAUCUAUAUAUAUCUAUAUCUAUAUAUAUAAAAAUGAAUUUCCGUCUGUCUGUCUGUCUGUCUGUCUGUCUGACCGCUAUGCAUUCGGAAACUACUGAACCGAUCGGUGUGAAAUUUUGUAUGUAAGUACGUUUGGGGCCGGGGAAGGUUCUUAGCUUGGUGCGAGACCCCUCCCCCCUCUGGAAAGGGGGGCUCCCAUACAAAUGAAACAGAAAUGAGCUGAGAGAAAAGCUCAAAACUCAAAAGUAACAAAACCAAUCUAGCGUGCGGUGCUCCAAUGACCUCAAAAAAUGUCAAAUUUGAAUUGUCAAGACAAAAAGGCAAUGAAGUACGGCAUCGGCCGCGUCAACCCUGAAGCUAUGUUAGACUCCGGAAGUUCUAUGCGCCGUCCCGGUCGGGGACGGGCCAAAGCCGCAAGCUGCUGGUCGAGCCUACGGCAGCUUCCAGGGCCGUAUUGAAUGGGAGAGCUUUCGGGUCGACCUUUCGGCGCGCCGGCCGAGGUAGGAGAGUGGCACAGGUGGCAGGCGGGGUUGGUAUGCUAAACUGCGGUGCAUGAUGGACGUCGUAAGCGGAGGCACAGGGCGGACACGGCGUUUGAUCCCGGAAUUACACGUGGAUCUCUGUGGUUGUAAAAUACGAUGUUUUGUAUGAAGAAAAUCCACGCACACUUUUGCUUGCAUCCUUCCUAGACGAGACAACUUGUUGUUUACUUUUACAAACGGGAAAAAAGUGAUUGAUUUGAAUAACUGAACAGCUUUUGCUGCUUUCUGCAGCAGUGAUAUCCAACUUUGAAGUGCCACAGAGCUUUUGUGAGGUGUGAAUCAAAGUUUGGUUCAACAAAUGAAUCUGGCGAAAAAAAAUUGAAUAGUGAUGCAUAACAAUUAGGCUAGCUACUGCUUUAGUGCGGUUUCCUUGGUCGUAUGCAAAGUGAGAAAAAUUUUCAACUCGUAAGUGGAGUGAAAUUUCAACGUGAAAUUCUGCAUUAUUAUUCUGUUUCCAGGGGCUGCUCAUUCAUAGUCUACAGCUUUUUGCUUGCAUCCAAUGAACCUUUUUUAACACUCGAGCGAUCGCGCUGUUGUAUUUUGUACAACACGUUGAAAAAAUCUUGCUUUUCGUACUCAGCAUUAGUGUGGUGCUGACGCAGGUAGUCAACCGCGCGAGUUACGGAAGGUUAAUAGGAAAGCUGGAAUACCUGUUGGAAUUAUAGGCUAUUUCCUGUCUGAUAUGACGGAAAAUAGCGCAUAUGACGAAGUAGAUUGCUACCUUAUUUAAAUAAGGAUAACCAGCUACAACCAAUCUAUCAAACCAAUUUUGUUUAUGGAGGCCUAAGUGUAUGAGCCAUUUUACGAAACAACAACAAACAAUGUUUAUAUUGAUAAUAAUAUUUAUGUGUUAGGACGCCUCCUCUUGUCAAAUUUUAAUAAAAUCGACUGCAUACAGGGGAUGGCCAAAAUGUUUGGGAUAGGCAACUCUUUUUCUCCCACAAAAAAAUUCAACAUGCUAUAACUUUUCAUAGAGUGCAUCAAAAAAUCUCAAAUUUUGACUGUUUGACAACCUACUAUAUGUGCAUCAUUGGUACAAAUUUGGGAUGGAUUGAUUAAUUUUUCACGAAGUGAGAACCGUUUGGGUAAAACAACUAAUUUGAACUGUCAUAUCUCGGAAACCAGAGAACCGAAUUGAAUGAAAUUUUUAACGUUUAUCAACAAUAUAUUGAUACUUGAUCCGACGUUAUAAAAUAUUAUAUUUUCUCACGGCGAAUUAAGUUAUACCUAAUUAAAGUUUUUACCCAUAUAGAGGAAAAUAAGUCAAAUUUACAAUACCACACAAAAAUUAUUAAAUGUGUUCUUCCUUCAAUCUAAAUAGGCUCUAAUAUAUCUGAUUGGAGAUAAUUUGAGAACAGAAGUGGAAAAUCUUUGAAUAAAAUUUAUUGACAUUGGUGUAAAAAAAAUACAUUUUUUUCGAGAAAAAUCCAAAAAGUGUCAAUCCAUAAUAACUUUUUUCAACGUUUAAAAAGUACCUAUGUUUUAAAAGUUUGUUAAGCAUUUACAUAUUGUUAGUGUACGUUCAAAAUUUCAUUCAAUUCGGUUCACUGGUUUCCGAGAUAUGACAGCUCAUAAAUGAGUUGUCUAAAAAAUAGUGUUUUUCCCGAACGGUUCUAACUUUGUGAAGUAUUAAUCAAUCGAUCCCAAAUUUGUACCAAUGAUGCACAUAUAAUAGGUUGACAAACAGUCAAAAUUUGAGAUUUUUUGAUGCGCUCUAUGAAAAGUUACAGCAUGUUGAACUUUUUUUGUGAGAAAAAAAAGUUGCCUAUCCCAAACAUUUUGGCCAUCCCCUGUAUCUUAAACUUAUAUCGUAAAUCGAGGUAUCUUUGAUAGUUCAUAGAGCAUUUUAUAUUUUAUCUUAACUAUAAUUCAAAAAAUCAAUUAAGAAAAGGGCAAACGUAGAUUUAAAUAAUACAUAGGGCCUGGAACCAUUUGAGCAGGGGCCUAUUUUGGGCACUUGUUGCUAUAACUCAGUCAACUUUCAACCAAUUGACUUGGUCAAUUAACCAAUUGACCAUGCCCCAACGGUCAGAUAAGUACAGUAUCUAGCCAGUAUCAGAUAAGUACAGUAUCGAAGUCUAAUCGAAUAGUGCCUGUGGAGCUCCUCCGGAAAUUUGCCUCGCUGUUUAUCCGGGAAUUUCUUUCGCAGUUUCUCUGAAAAAUGCCAGUACAUGCUGAAGUUCAAGUACUUUCCAUGGUUAUUGUGUAAAUUCUAUCCGGUGUUCCUCUGGGAAAUCUUCCCAAAGUUUAUAAUUUCUGGGAUUUUUUCCGAGGUUCCAUUUGCAGUUCUCAUGAAGUUUAUCUGAAUCCUUUCAUCCGUUGUCCAGCGAGAGGGAACUUCUUCCAAAAUUUUCAUGCAUGGUCUUCUUUCGUUCUCAGAAUUCCUUCAAAAGUUUCUUCCAUUUUUUUUGGUUUUCGGCUUACAGUCUUAUUGAUUGCAUUGAUUAUUUCAUCAUCAUUGCCGAAGUUUCGGUCCAGCUCUCGGGGCUCAAUACACAAAUGGGCAUUUUUUUAUUAUCGUACAAAUUGGGCCGAAGGGUCUCAGAUUUUCAUGAAACUUUUUCCACAGGCAGGGCUCAUGGAUAAAUGAAUAAAAAAAAAUGAGAAAAAUGCAGGGUAGCCUAUUUUCCCGGAAAACUCGAAUGAUUUUUUUUCUGUUUUCCCCUUACACUAGAUACUUUGAAAAAGCAUAACUCAAGAACGAAGCAUCAUAGAAACAAAAUUCAAAAAAAAAAUAUGAAUUGGGCAAAGCUUACCACAAAAUUUUCCACAAUUGAGAAAAUUCGUAAAGAAAAACCGGAAAAACUAUGCCUGAACUCGUGGCAAAUGUUCAAAAAAAAAAUAUUUUUCGGGCAUAGUUUUUCCAGCUAUUUGUUAUGAAUUUUCUCAACGGUGGAAAAUUUAGUGGAAAGCUCUUUAAACUUCAUAUUUUUUUUAGAUUCCUGAGAAAAUUUUCUUUCAUUUUCACUAAAAAACUUUGUUUCUACGAUACUUCGUUCUUGAGUUAAGGUUUUUCAAAAAAAAGGCUUAUAUUGCACAUUUGGACAUUUUUCAACUAAAUUGGCAAAAACUCAAAAACGAAAAAAUGCAUUCCAAAAAUUUUAGGAAUUAAAGCUUAUGAAAUAACUUCCUCAAAAACAUUUUCCACGAGUUCGGGCAUAGUUUUUUCCGGCUUUUCUUAAGGAAUUUUUUCAAUUGUGUAAAAUUUCGUGGAAAACUUUGUCCAGUUCAUAUUGUUUUUUGGUUUUCUGAGAAAAUUUGCUUUCAUUUCCUAAACAUAAAUUUUGUUUCUACGAUGCUUUGUUCUUGAGUUAUGAUUUUUCAAAGUAAAGUAAGUAGUGUCAGGGAAAAACAAAAAAAUCCCACUUGAGUUUUCCAGGAAAAUAGUUGUUCAUAUAUAUCUAUGAGCCCUGCCUGUGGAAAAAGUUUCAUGAAAAUCUGAGACUUUUCGGCCCAAUUCGUAGGAUAAUAAAAAACAAUUCCCUAUUGCAAAAAAAAAUAACAAUUUUACCAAAUUUUGCGGCAUUUCGCGGAAUUUCUUAAAUUUUGCGGUCAUAACCCAAUUUCGCGGAUUUCGCGGCUUCCGCGAAAUCGUGAAUUUUCAUUGUCCCUGCUAAUUUUGUAACAGCAAUUUCUUAAAAUUAAUUUUAAUAAUUGUGCAGUUUUCGUGUCAUCAGCAGUACAAAAUUUCCAAUUAAAUUUUUAACGUAAUAUAUUUCUAAUUUUCUAACUAUAUUGAUGCAGUAUCGUGGCACACAUGUAUACGAACUUACAUCAUACGUCAACAUUGAGCGAAAACUACUUAAAUACGAUUUAUAAUAUUUAUUUAGAAACUGUUUAACAGUUGGGUAGGGUUCAACAGUUGGCGAAUCACCCUAUUCCGCAUUCCAUCUGAUUUAAGUGGUCAACGGGUAAUCAGUCAUGAUGUUCUUAUGCAAAAAUGAUAUGUUGCACACACAGACUGGUAUAUACAAAUUUGCAAUCUACUAAUUUAAUCUGGAGCCCGUGACGAUCAAAUUCCUCUUAGUCAUGUUAAUAUCCAAAGAUUUGGUCUGGUUAUUGCGAGUGUUGCAAGUUGCUGCUCCUUGCGAACCGGUAGUUCAAAACAUUUGAAAUGCUUCUUCAUGAUUGAUACCACACGGAUUGGUUCACGGUCAGUCAUACCAGCCGGGAUAAUAAUGAAAAUCGACCAAUAUUGAAAAAAAAGCUGAUCGGAAACUUUAGAUUUCUUUGUUAGCAAAUAUCUUCCUGAUAUUAAGAAGAACCAAUUAACUAUUAUUGAUUUGUCUUUUGAACAUAUUUUCAUCCGGUUCACAUACCAUGGUGUAGUAUGCUCAGUCGAGUGUUUGACUCUUAUCUUAAGCAGCAAAAAAUGUUGUAUGUAGGAUGGAGUCGGCAAAUCGCAAAGAAUGCCUUCGCACACAACUCAAGGUAUUCUUUUGGCUCCCAUUCAAAUUUUCGCCUUUCAAUCCCAAAUCUUACAAAUGAGUUUAUCAUGUUAAACCAGCCUCACGCCAUCGCCGUCCUAGCUCACCUUGCUCGACAAAAAGAACUUUAUCGCUUUUCGCGGAACAAGUUUUCGCCAUCCAGCCUCCGUCCUGUCUAAAUUCUAAACUUCAUUAUCCGCUUGGGAAAUAGCAGCGUAACAAUGGCCUUUGGCGGCGGUGAUGAAACGGGGCAUGUAACAGCAUUUACCGCCCGCACAAACAAAUUUUUGUCACGUAAUUUUUUUUCUUUUUCCCUGUCUCUCUAUAAACAGCGUACCUAAGCCCAAUUUAAAAUUUUCCAUCCCGUCUCGCUAUUAUUGUCAUCUUCGUCAUCUUUGCCAAAACCCCAUGCAUGGGUGAAGAAAAGACUUCCAUUAUAUUGCCCAAGACGCCAAAGUUGAUCAUCCCCAUCCCUCAGCGACGACGACGACGACGGAUUGGGGAGUUGUUUGGCCCCAGGGUGAUUUGAAGCAAUUCCCGUCCCGGUGGUGCAGAAACACGCACAUGUUGAUUGCUGCUGAACUGAUGGUGGAAAGCGGGCUGCUGGCUGCUAUGGAUGGGGGACGCACAAUAAAGUAAUCAUAGGGGUCGCUCCUCGGUCGGAUUUGGCGCAGCUGUCCCGAGGUGAAUGUCAAGGGAGUAGGAAUGUUCGUGCUCGUUUGACGUUGUAGGCACCGCACCGACGACGACGCGUCGGACGACCAGUGAAUGAAUGCCGAGCAACAGGUUGAACAAGUAUCAAACAUUUUGGAGGAACAAGGUGCCUGAAGUUCGCACAAAUCUUGUCAGGAGAGGGAGGAUGGAUGUACGAGCGAGGUCAAGUUCGGAACCAACAUAUUUGCAAAGGGGGCGGGUUUUCUUGCAUGGUCGACCGACACAUAUGGGAUGAAUGAAGAUUGAAAGAGGCUGAUGAAAUUUAAAUCUCCCCUAAGCAAACAGGGUGGAGUGGCUUUCAUUUUUCAUGCGCGAUGUUGUUGGCAAACGCUUUGUGCUCCUUUUGUAAAUAUUUAUUUGCUGGAACAGAGGGGCCCUCUAUGAAAACGUAUUUUCUUCUGAAUUUUCUGAAAUUUUGAGGGCACGCUCAUAACGCUUCAAGACAUGUGCCAAUUGGGUCUCUGGAUCCUGUUUUUCAUGGAUGAUGUUCCCAUCACUACAUUUUUAAACACGAACUUUAUCAGCGGAUCAAUCACUUUUUCAUAGACGUUUCAAGAAGUUUAUUAGCGUUUCAAAGGGACACAAUCAGCUUCAGGGCCAUUCCUGAAAUCACAAAAAAAUACCCGAAGCACCCCUGAGCAGUGCUGAAAAUUUAAUUUCGUCAUAUCUAUAUUCAAUCACCUACAGCUCAUUUUACAAGCUGAACCUGAGAAUAUGGUAUAUGAAAAACUUGUGCGGCUAGACCAGUUCUGCAAGAAAGUCACGGAAAAACCACCAUUUUUCGAAUAUUUAAGGAAAAUGUCACGGGCUACCUUUGAAAAAUGCCAAAUGAUAUUCACCGUGAAUAUCAUUGGCAUUUUUUCAAGGUAGUCCGUGACAUUUACCUUAAAUAUUCGAAAAAAUGUGGUUUUUCCGUGACUUUCUUGCAGAACUGGUCUAGCCGCACAAGUUUUUCAUAUAUCAUAUUCUCAGGUUCAGCUUCUAAAAUGAGCUGUAGGUGAUAGAAUUUAGAUAUGACGAAAUGAAUUUUUCAGCACUGCCCCUGAGACCUCCUGAAACUCCCUGGAACCCUCUGAGUAUCCCUAAAGCACAGCUGAGAUCUCCUGAAGCACACUGAGAGCCCCUGAAAUACCCCAGAACCCAGAACACGCCCCAGAGACCCUUUGGAACACCUGAUAAGGACUGUAUCGGAAAUUAACUAUAAACGUUCACAAUUGCCUGAAAAAUAAUCUGUUCGAAAUAAACAAAACUUUUGUUUUGGAGAUACUAUAUAAAUCUCUCAAAUAAAGAAUGGCAUUCUGAUUUUCAAAAAAUAAUCAUUUAACUUGGACUUUUAUCUCAAAGAUUGCACACAUGUUUUUAAAAUUUUGGACACCUCCUAAAAAUUUAAAAUUGUAAAUACUGUGGGAAAAUAUUCAAUUUUUUCUCUUAUUUUUGCGCAAAUAUAUUCUUUUCCAGAAUGCUCACGAUAUAGGAAAAUUAUUUUUAUCAAGAAAAAUUCCCUCUGGAGUUUAGGGCAAUUCUUAAAAAUGGAAAAAGGGCAUUUUUCGAGGAACUCUUUUUUUUUAUGCGUCUUCAAAGAACGAUUACGCAAAUAAAAAAUACAUAAAGUAGAAAAUUUGCAUUUUUUUCGAUUGGGUAUGUAUUUAAAUCUAUUGAAGAGGUAGUUUUUCCAGAGAACGGAAUUUUAUAACCUCUAAAGAUAUUUAAAACAGAGCGUCAAAGUUCGACCAAAAAGUAGGUGUUUUUUGGGAUAGACCAUAUUCUUAAUGUUGGAGGUUUUUCUAUCCAAAAUAAGAAUUUUAAAAGUCUGUUUUAAGUGAUGUGUACAUAACUGCUAGUAAUAAUCAUUAUUUUCCAGAUUUUUCCCCGUAGAAAUUUUUUUCGCAACAAAUAUUUGAAACGUUAAAUUUUUUUAAAAAUAAUGCAGUUUGUACAGAUUGUUAUUUUGUGUGGUAUACUGAUAGAACCAUAUUUUCAAUAAUACUAAAUAUUUUCCAAAUUUCUUCAAGCUGUUCUAAACUUAACUAUAUUUUGAAGAUUUUAUAGAAGAACCGGAAUGAAAAGACCAACCGUGCGCCGAGAUAGAGCAUUUUGAAUGUUUAUAGUUAAUUUCCGAUACAGUCCUUACCACUUGUCACGCCCAGAAACCCUUCAAGAAUCCACUUGAAACUCUCUGAGAGCUCUUUAAAGGUCCCUGAGAUUCCAUAGAACUCCCCUGAGACUCCCUUUAACACCUCUAAGACACCCUAAGGCGCCCCUGAGACCACUUGGACGCCCCCGGAACCCCUUUAGACCCCCUGAUACGCCCCUGAGACCCCCUAAAACUAUCCUGAAAGCAGGGUUCCUGAUUUCCACUUGCAUCUUCAUUCACAUAAGCAUUUAAAUGAAUGAGGAUCCUUGCAGUAGAGCACCUGGUACUCCGUGAAAACCCCAGAUUCCCCCUUGAAGAAAUGCGCCUGAGAUCUCCAGGUACGCCCCUGAAGUCUCCUGACACCCCUAAAACGCCCAUGAUACCCCCUGGAACACCUGAGACGACUUGAUGCACUUCUGAAACCCCCAGAUAUCCGCCUGAAUCGCCUUGCAAUCCCUCUAAAACGUCCAUGAAAUGCCCUGAAACCCCCUGGAACCUUUUGAGACGACUGAAACGCCCGUGAGACCUCCUGGUUUCUCUAUAAAACCUUCUGAAACUCCCUGAAACGCCCCUGAGACCCCCUGAAAAUUUCAAGUGGGUUCCAGGGGGUCUCAGGGGCGUUUCAGGGAGUUCCUAAGGCCUGAAACUGCAAACACCCAGUAUCUCAGGAACGGUUUAUCCUUCGGCAAUGUGUUAGGCAAUUUAUGGGACUAUGUUAAUUUUUAGGUUUAAAAAAUAAAACCUAAACAUCAACUGUCUCAAAAAAGGUAUUUUUGUUUUUUUUUUGCCUUUUCUAUAUGAACAAAUAAUAACGACUACGUUAAGGGUAUUCACUAAACAGAUUAAAUAUCUGCGUAAGCCAUGAUUUAUGCCACAAAAGUUCAGCCUAUUGGACGCAGUGGCUUAAUUUCCCCAACAGGGGAGGAAAAAAAAAAAAAAAAAAAAAAAAAAAGCCAUGAUUAUCUGACUAUUGAAAUGAUUCACGAAAUAUCGAGUGAAAUAAUCAAAGAUUGCCUUGGUGAUCGCGACGUUUAAUCAGUUUAAUCGGUUAACGCUGUUUAGUGAAUCCCCCUAUUAUAUACAGGGGAUAGACAAAAUGAUCGGGACAGGCAAAAUUUUCCUUUCUCAAAAAAUUUUCAAAUAGCUGUAAUUUUUCGAAAAGUGCAUCAAAUAUUCUCAAAUUUUUACUGUGAGUUGAUCAACUAGUUGUGUAUCAGUGGGCAAAAUUUGGAGAAGAUUAGACUAUUCUGCACGAAGUUAUAAAGAUUCUUGAAAAAGGUAAAAUUAUCCGAUAGCCAACUUUGAGCUGUUAUAUCUUCGGAUUCAAUGAACCGAAUGCAAUGAAAUUCUGACCAUUUAUGACUUAUAUAAUGAGCUUUGUAAAACUUUUGACUCGACUUAAAAUUCAUAACACGUAAGAAAAUUAUAACGAUUUGAUUAUUUUUCUGAUAAAACACCUAAUUUUCUUAAAUUUCAACAUCGUUUCAAAAUUCAAGAUGCUAUUCAUAGUUCAUUUAAAUUCCCUCUAAUUGUCUUGAAUACAAAUACGUUUUGAAAGAAAGUAACAACAUAGCCGGCAAUUCAUUGAAAAAAUAAUGAGAUGCAUAUUAACAAUAUACCUAUUUACUAAAACAUCAUAAAAUUAAUGAAACCGCUAUAACUUUUUCACUUGUUAAUAAUUUCAAGUUGAGUCAAACGUUUUUCAAAGCUCAUAAUGUAAGUCAUAAAUGGUCAAAAUUUCAUUGCAUUUGGUCCAUUGAAUCCGGAGAUAUAACAGCUGGAAGUUGGCUAUCGGAUAAUUCUACCUUUUUCUAAAAUAUUUAUAACUUCGUGCAGAAUAGCCCGAUCUUUUUCAAAUUUUGUCCACUGAUACACAACUAGUUGAUCAACUUACAGUGAAAAUUUGAGAAUAUUUGAUGCACUUUUAGAAAAGUUACAGCUAAUUGGAUAUUUUUUGAAAAGUGAAAAUUUUGCCUGUCCCGAUCAUUUUGUCUAUCCCCUGUAUAUAAAAAAAGAUUUUUGAUCAUUUUUAAAAUAUACGUCAAACAUAUUUUUCAAUUCGAUUUUAUAAAAGGACACAAAUUUUGCAAAAAAAACAUGUAUAUGUACGACAAAACUUGGCUAAACACUACCGUUACCAAGAUACAUUGAAAACUGCAUUUAAGCAAAAUCCAUUUAUGUAAAUUCCAGUAAUAUCCCUCCAUUUAAGUUACGUUACUUUAAUAGAAAUGGGCUGUUUUCAGAGCAAAGCAUAUAUUUAUAGGCUACGGUUUCGAAAACAUUUGUUCUUCAGAAGGUUACGAGGGAAGUCGUCUAUUCAUGAGACCCAAUAAGACAUUACACCGUAUAAGUCAAUAGACCUAAUAGGUCAUUGGCAGUUAUUUACGACGGGCAUAUCGUUCGCGUUGCAUUAUUUGGCGGAAAAGGAGAAAAGUGACGCGAGUUUUGGGCAAAAGCACAUUGUCCUUUCUCGUGAGGGUUGAAAAUAGAUGCACACUUGGUAGCCAACGGUAUUGCACAAAAUUGAAGGAGUCAAGGAGUGGUUGCGGUCAUUCGACGACAUGGAACUGGGUGAGAUCAUUCCGGUUUUUUUUUUCUUUACAUCCUAGAGGGAGUUGGGGUAAUUUCGCCAAUACGUUUUCAUGAGGACUCCUGGAGUCUGGUAAUAACUGCAAAUUAAUCUUGUAGCUCUGGUGCUGACCGAAUUUUUAAGCGAUAAAAAUGUUAGAAGAAAGUAAUUGCAGCUCACAACAAUCAUUGAGAAAAUUAAAAAAAAUGGCUAUAUUACCUUAUCGGCCGUGGAUCACAGGGACUACUCUUAGUAAAAUAGAUAAUUCGAUAGCAAUCAAAGCUUGAACAUUUAUUCUCCGUAUACUCUAAGUUCAAUACUGUGAGAAGCGUGCGGUAGGGGGAUGGGGACGCGAAUAUUGAAUGCGGAAUCAGAAGCGCGCGAUAACUUUCUUGGGAAAGUCGGUUUUCACGGUUAAGGGGAGGGGGGGAGUAUGGCCGAGUGUUACGGCCCAUACAAAAUUGUUUGGGUUUUCAUACAAAAAAGCGUUACGGAGGGGGGAGGGGGUCGAAAAAUGUUGACUUUACGUUACGUAAUGAAUGGAUGCUGUCUUAUUGACUUUAAAAUAUUGAACUCUAGAAUUGUGCACAUUUGCUAGUCACAAGCACCAUUCAUUGGUUCUCUGUGCAACUUCGAUUAUUCUGGUCAAUCACGGAUGUGAACGGUUAUCUUUGCUUUGCUUUGCUUUGCUUGCUUUGCCCUAAUCAUCCAAUGGUCAUAAUAGAUCUAAAUACUGGUCGCAGUGAGUUAUACCCAACAAGGAAUUAAAAAAAAUGUAAAACAAUCAAUCCGACCUGAUAGUUCUUAGAGCUCAACAAGAGAGCUCUAUGUACAUACACUGGCCUAGUAACUGGACACUGCCCGAGCAGGUAUCACUAGAAAAAUAUUGGUCAGAUUCAGACUGAUAUCUGUCAUGUCUGUAAUACGGAACGUGAAACCUAGGAACAUCUGCUUUGCAGUUGUGGUGCUUUAUACACGCGCAGACAAAGAUUUCUAAAUAGCGGUUGCUUUGCAACCCAGUGAGAUCUAGUCUGCAGAACCUGGGAAGGUCUUGGAGUUUAUAAAUUACAUUGCACCUGACUGGGAGACGAUGCGAAGCGUCGUGGCAGAAGCUGAUUACUAGACACAUGGUAAUUAGCUGGCUAGAUGCGAAUAUCAAAACGGGACAUGCCACGAAAGUUCAGCUUAUUGGACGUAGUGCUUUAAUUUCCCCAACAGGGAAGGAAAAAAAUACAUGAUCAUCCAUUAGGCCUAAUGAUUCUACCAGUGAAAUGACCUUUUCGAUCUAAUGACCUAUUCAACCUAACCACCUAUUCGAUCUAAUGAGCUAUCCGACCUAGGACCGAUUUCAGGAGCCUUUUAAGAGCGUUCUGUCAGAUUUUGUUGGUGUUACGGGGAAAUCAGGGGUAUUUCAAUAGUAUUAAAGGUGUUUCAGAGAUGUUUCAAGGGGCGUUAAGGGCAAUUCAGGGGGGGUUUAGGAGCCUUUAAAGGGCGUUACAAGGGGUUUGAGGGGCGUUUCAAAGCAUUCCAGUGUCAAUUCAGAGAGUUUAGAGGAUUUCAGGAACGUUUUGAGGGCAUUCCAAGAGGUUUUAAGGGCGUUUGAUAGCAUUUCAGAGGCGUUUUAUGGGAUUAUCAGGUGCGUUUCUGGGGGUUUGUGGAGCCUAUUGAAAGCAUUCAAAGGGGUUUCCGAGGUAUUUUAAAUUGAUUAUGAAGAUAUCAAGGGCGUUUUAAUGAGAUAACAGAGAUUUCAAGGGGGUUUCUAGACAUUCCAGGUCAGGGUCGCAUCAGGGGAUUUCACCCUUAAAUCAAAGGGCAUGCCCGGGGCGUUUCAAAAGAUAUUGUGAUGGGAUCUAUGAAAACCCUUUGAAACUUCCUGAAAUGCCUCCGAAAUCCCAUGAAACCCACUCGGACCCUAUGUAACGCACCUGAGAACCUUCGAAACUUCAGAAAACGCCUGCGCAACGCCUCUGAGUCCCACUGAAAAUGCUCUGAAUCUUCCUGGAAUGCCUCAAAGAUACCCUUAAAACCCCCUCGGACCCCAUGUAACGCACCUGAGACUCUCCGAAACCCUCCGAAAACCCAAUAAACGCCUGCGCAACGCCUCUGCAACCAGCCGCAAUUGCUCGGAGACUUCCUGAAAUGCCUCCGAAAGCACGAGAGAGUAGGGUGGGUCUAAUUUUGUAAAAUCUCUCCGGGAUAUGAUUUCCCAACUGGAAAGUGAUGUACUGGUCGAAAUAAGUUAGCUGUGCAAAAAAUGAGCGAUUUCAGUUGAUAUUUGGGGGUGGCGCAAAGGAUUUAAUUAAUUUUUUUGCUAGCAUACAUUGAAAAAACAUUUUUAAUUUAAUUUUCAAACGUUACUUUUCUAGAUUAAAUCUAUGAAUCUAGAGCCCAAUUGGCCCGAAUUUGAUAUUGCAAUAUCUCUACUGGUUUCCGAGGAAUUUGAAAAAAAAUGUCAUAUUUUAGUAUUUUUUUUUUAGUUGGAUACUAAAAUAUGAGCAUUUUCGCAUAUCGUAACGUGUGAUAUGCACGAGGUUAGUCUAUGCCGAAGGAAGUCAAGACUAUCUCCAUUACAAAAAGAUCAAUCAAUUCAAAUCAUACUAGUACCAUGCAUGGACCACAUAUUGUUUUGUUAUUGGACCGUAGUGCUUGAGAAAACCUCAUCUCGUCCUUCAAAUACCAUUACUUAUUAGCGGCUUCUCAAUGAAAAAAAUAAAUUUUCAUUUGACUUUCGUUCUAAGAUGAUUGCUCAAAAUACUUCUUGUAUUGAUGGUAUUGAUUGAAACGCAAACAAACAAACAAAGCUGUAACAAUCUACAUGUUCUUCUUUACUUAAGUUAGUCUAGCAGAAACUUUAAGUGUUUAAUACUGUAAGCCAGCACUUCUAAACUGUUCUGUAGCACACGUAGCAAACUUCUAUACAAAUAAUUGGAAGACAAGGCAACGCUUCCCACCGAAACACGCUUCUUAGAGACCGCUCGCUGUUAAAAACGGUGGUCCGGAUAUUUUUACAGAAAACAAUCUAUAGAUGCUCUUACGGUUCAAUGUAUGUGCGGAUUUAUAUUGUGUGACAACUCUAGAGUAGUUUUACAGAAAUAUUUAAAGGUUGGAAAUUAGCCUGACACUGUUUGCUUGAGGACACAUGUUAUUUACCGUAUUAUAAAUUUGCGGAUAGGAUUUAUAGGCAUAUAUCAGUAGCAAUGUUGAUUCUAAAGCAGCAGAUUUGAGUAGGACAAUGUUAUGCACUCAUUGAGGUUAGACUUGUACUGGAAAAGGAAAAGAAAUUUAAGCGAGAAACAUACGCUAAAAAUGUUAGUAACCAAUGAAAUUGAAAUACUUAUCAAAUCGGCCUACUAAGACACAACCAGAGUGAACAAUAGAAGACAUGGAAAUUUGGCAACUUUGAUAAUAGUAAUUACCAAGCAAAAUGGAAGCACGUUCAAUGUUUAGAUUGCUAAGUUAUUGUUUUAGCUUGUAAGACUUUCGAAAAGCAGCUGUUAAUUUUCGGCAAAGCUUCGCAAAAUUCUAAAUCUGACCGGGAAGAACACCGUUUUUCUCCGUUGUCCCAGAAUGGUAUCUGUUUAAAAUGCAUCCCCCAAUAAACUCUACGAAAAUGAAGACGAUGGUAAAGAAUAAACAUAUGAAAAAUGGCAACUCUGUCUGUCAAGUGGUGCAUUGCGAUCGGAUCAAAACGCGAGUGUAUUAACUAUGUUGUGAGUGUAUUAUUAGGUCACAUUUCAAUUUCGCAAAGUACCUAUGAAGUUAUCUGCCACGACUCGUUUCUCUGCACUGAAUCAAUAAACAGAUGAUGGAUCUGCAAGAUGUACUCCUAAAAUUUUUCGAGAAUCUGCGGCAGGGUGAACAUCUGAUCCAUCGUUGAUCGGCCCUCACGAACUCCUUAAUCGGCCUCAGCCACGGACAAAAUCUUGUAUGUUGAACUCAGAAGAGUUAUUCUGUAAUUUGCACACUCCAGUCGAUGCCCUUUCUUUUAUAGGGAGCAAAUUAGACCAUACAAUUAAUUAGCAGGCAGUUCUUCCUCUUCCCAUAUCUUCAAUAUAAUACGGUGUAAGAGAUGAUACAACUGCUCACUAUCGUGUUUGAGAAGCUCGGCCAGGAGUUCGUCCUUCCUAGCAGCCUUGUUGUUCUUUAGCCCUCAAAUGGCUAUCUAUCAAUCCCUAGAAGUGUCUCUCCUCCUGGUAGCCACCAUUGUUUUGCCUAUCAGCAAGUUUGCAUCACGUUCGUUGCACAUGACGGGAGAAUGCCCUGUUUUUAUCCACACGCCAUCAACAGUUUCGAAAAACCUCCACAUAUCAUUCUUUUCCAUACUUUCUUGCGCCUGCGCAAUCACAUUUUCCUCAUGGUGUUAUCUAUUUCCGGCAGAUUCGUUUUUUGUCUGAUCAAUGUCGAUCCGGAGAUCAAAUUGAACCUAGUUUUCGGUACUGAGUUUCCAAUCAUAGUGCAUAUUUCGUUUUCGGAUUCAUUUUCGAAAGAAUCGUGGGCAUAUUCUUUUACUAGCUUUAUUUUUCGUGGUGGUGGAAGGCUUCGAAAGGGGUUGCCUACGUCGUGUUGGUCAGGCUGCCACCAUAGAUACAGCUGACGCGAUGCAACGACAUUUUCAGCAUUGGCUGUGGCAAUGUUUAGUUACAUGACCCCACUCGUGGCAUUUGUGGCAAUAAGCAGAGUUCUGGAAAUUUUCCCUAGUUUAGCAAAUAUCAUUCGAUAUCACUUAGACGCGGAAUAUUUUAAUCCAAAUACUAAUUAUUUAGACUAUUUUUGAUUGAACGAACUAAAUGAAAAUCCUGUGAAAUAUCUUUAUUUUCGGAGCAAUUUUUGUGUAUCCAUUUCGAUUACUUGGACAAGAGCAAAUUCAAUCGAAGCGUAUAUUUGAUUCGUCAAAAUGCAAAAGUUCAACAUGUUCGCACGAAGCGCUACGGAAGCGAUGGUCAGAGUAGCCAUUCUAAAUAUGUUCACUCUUUGCCGAUAGUAAAUUAAACGUGAAAGAGAUAUCUUCCAAACCGCAGCUUUAUCUGUUGAUUGUCUGUUCUCACGGCUCGCCGCUGGCUCUCCAUCACGACGCAGAGGUCAAUAUUGACCGGAAACAAACUCAAAGCUUUAAGUGGAAUUCUACUUGUCUAGUGGUAGAAGCAUGAAUAAAAACCUAAGAGGAGAGUCAUUGUGUUUUUAAGAUUCUAAAGGGAACAAAUUGAGAACAAUACGAACGGAGCGAUAGGAUGCACGGAAGACUCAAUAAUUCGAAGCGACAGGGGGUUUGAAGAUGGAAUUAUUUUGACUUUGGGAAGGAAGAUGAUGAAAUUAUACUAUAUAACACUGUGUUCUGUGACGGCAGAUUAGUAGAUAUUAACAAUAGGGAGAUAAAGAAUGUAUGUAGCAAUUAAGUUAAAUCGUACAUUGAAGCAAAAAAGGAGUUUCAGAUGACCUAAAUGCUAUUAUCGAAGGAAAAUUGUUCCGUCAAUUAAAUCGAAUCUACUAAAAUAAAGAACUAAGAUAUGAUGACUGUCUAUUUUUUGCAAGGAAAUUCAUAAAUGAGAGUAAUGGAAAUGCCGUUCAUGAAUGUCUGACUGAGAAAUGAUAAUGCGACUAAAACAGGCAAUAGGGCAGACGAAAUAAACUUCAAUGGAUUGGUGUGCUUGUUAUUGAAAAUAAACGAACUCGUAGUGGUAGCGUGCAGUAGCCUAGCGAAAUGAAAACUAAACCUAAGGAAAAUGAACUAGAAAUCAAAAUCUUUCAUUAACUGUCCAUUAUUGGCAUAUUUCUUCCUAGUUAUUUUUAUACAACUAUUUUUAUGUAUACAAACAAUGCUAAAUAGUAAUCUAUACAUAUAACACACAUAAAAAUGAAAGUAAACCACAGACAUAUAUCAGAAGUAAAUAAGUGAGAGACUAGUACAGUAACAAUCGUUAUGACAAAGAAAGUAUUAUAAAACUGUUUCUACACACAAGCUUAACAAACUACAUUGUAUCCAAAUAAAGACAUGUAUUUCGGCCAAAACGUAAA